CCGGCAUCCCUGCCCCGUUGUCCAGCUGAGGGAAAACACGCCCCUGUGUGCCUCCCGUGAGGGGCCCCCGGCCAUCUCCGUGGCACACGGCCUUGGCCACGCCCAGGCACCCGCCAAGCAUCCCGAGGCCAAGUCUCAUCCUCCCCCAACCCGAUGUGCCCCCGUUGCCCACCCCACAUGCAGACAGCGGGCAAGAGAUGGGCCCAAAUCACCGACGAGAUGUGCCAGAGCCCCCGGAAGAAAGCAUGCUGGAGCCCCUGCCAGCAAACCCCCAGGAGCACAGGGGGCACCCACGUGGGGCUUGGCCAGAGUGUGUGCCGUCCAGCCAAGGGAAGUGCAUGUCCAGCCCCAGGGGCAGCCGUCGAGACCCGGCAGACAGCGGCCUCGGAGCAAAGCCUGGGCCUCCAGCCUCCGCGCCCCCGACCUCCCCUGGUCCCUGUGCGGGCGUGCACCGUGCCCCCGUGUCCACCCUGGCAGCAGGCUGCCCCUGUCAGCCAGCCCCUGCGAAUGCUCUUCAGCCGACUGGACGAAGGCGGCUGGAGCUCCAGCUUCCUAGAAGCUCCCUCACUGCCACCUCCCCAGAAGCUGGCCCACCCUGGUCAGGGCCCUCCUGUCACACACGUGUCUCAGGGUCCCUGUGUGCCUGUCCCUCGGAGCGUCCUCCACGAUGACCUGCAGCUUUCCUCAUCCUUGGAGGAGAGUGAUCACGAGUGAAACACCCCAUGUCCUCCGAGACUGUGCUUUGGCUCUUGUGGCCCUGACCAGGGGGCUGUGGACCGGAGGACAAGUCUCGGGCAUGAGCUCUUUGUGGUGAAACAGCAAUCCCCCCCAGAGACCUGGGACGACAGAAACUUGGGCCCCCACAGCAUGUUUGGUUUAGGUCCCAUGGUCCUCACCAAUCCAGUAGGUCUCCUUGGUUUCAUUUCCAUAUAGGAGAUGAGA